AUGCUGCGACGCGCAAUUGUUCUCUUCGCCGUGCUGGCUCUGGCCUUCGGGGCCUCCCCGAGGGCGUUGCAGCCACGUGUGGGCUUCAACCACGGCCGCAUUGUGGGCGGCCAGGACGCCAUCAGG